UGCUGUUGAAUGCGAAAGUGUAGAUUAGGUUAUGAUUUCCUGCAAUUUUUUGGGGAAUUAAUGCCCCUAUUCUCUCGUCUAAUAAACGUCGGUAAAUCAGUGUAAACAAAGUUUUCAUACGUUACAAAAACGUAUCUAAAAGUUUAAAAUGAAUAAGUGAUAUUUCAAUAAUAUAUUUUUGAAAAAGUGUGUCGAAAUCUUUAGUGUUUAUUAAUAACAAUUAAACUUUUAUUUAUCGAUUAUUGUGAAUAUGAAACAACAUAUAAAUAAAUUGUGAGUUAAUAAUUUGGCAUUAUGGCAGAUCGUCUGACACAGUUACAAGAUACCAUAAACCAGCAAGCGGAACACUUUUGCAACAGCGUUGGUAUUCUACAGCAGUAUUCUACACCUAGCAAAUUUCCUGGUUUUGAUCGCAUUGGCACUCCACAACCACAUCAACCUCAAGAAGAUUAUGCUGCUUUAUUUGCGAAUCUCAUUGCGAGGUGUGCUAAAGACAUAGAUACAUUAAUAGAGAGUUUGCCAAGUGAAGAAUCAUCUCAGGAACUACAAGUAGCCAGUCUUAGUAGACUUGAACAAGAGAAUCAACAGGCUGGUGAGCAAUUGGAAGAAGUAGUGAGACAAGGAGAAGCGCUCCUUCAACGAAUCCAAGCUGCUCUGCAGGAUAUAGCACAAAGUCAAUUAGAUAUGCAAAAUCCCUCAUCCACCACCGUGAUUAAUAUGAAUCUUAACAGUUGUAAUAUAAAGCAAGAAACAUCUAUAAAUACCGUGCCUUCGAAUAACACACAUCAAUUAUCGGAUCCUUCACCUAAUUCAAUAAAUCAAUGACAUAUUUAUGAUUUACUAUAAUUAUUUAUGUGAAACAUUUUUGCAAUAUAAAAAUAAUCAAAAUUGGUGUUAGUUUUUUUUUCUUAAUAUUGAGACAAUAAAUGAAACAAUAGUUUACAAUCCAAAUUCAUAUUGCUGUAUUUGGUAUAAUUGCUUAUAAUGAGAAUAUAAAUUUGAUGGCAACAUAAUAAGUUUUCAAAAACAAAAAUAAAAUUUCUUUAUACAAACUAUAUUAUAAAAUUAAAAAUUAAAAACAAUUUUAUCCAGAAAAAAUAAUAGUUUUAUUACAGGUGUAAUAAAAUAUUGAGCUUUAUUGAGUUGUUUUAGGAUAUAUCAGUCAAUAUAUGCAUAUGUUUAGAGCAUUCUAGUAUCUUACAAUAUAUAUCAAUUAUGUGAAUAAUAUAAACGAAAGAGAAAAAGUAAAAAAUUGGAGUUCUU